AUGCAAAUGGAAAAUAUAUUAAUGGGGUGAUGGAGAAAGUAUAUUACCCGUCACAAGUUGCAAAAUAAGUGACAGGAUUAUUAUUCUGUAACCAUCUUAGAAAGGAGCAGAAUAUCUUAGCCUUACAUAUUGUUAGCGAAUAUAUAUCUGUAUUGCAGUGGGAAUUGGUAUCUAAUCCCCACCGCCACCACCACCAGCCUGUAAAAAUCUGAACAAAUGAUAUUACAAUACUGAGUCCAACAUCAAAUGAAAAGGUCAGAUGCAUACAUAGACUCCUAUCAUAGGUUUAUAACCCUCAAGGGAUCAAAUCCAAAUGACCCCGCUACACAUACCAGCCUCAAGGGAAUCAUAUCUUGUUGAAUCCCUAAAAGUACUCCAUUGAUGGGGUGGACACGAGAAGAGAAUAGACGUUUUGAGGAUGCUCUUGCGGUUCAUGGCCCUGACGACCCAAAUCGGUGGCAACAUGUGGCCAACGCCGUGGGGGGAAAAUCUGUAGAAGAGGUGAAAAUGCACUAUGAGAUUCUCCAGGAAGAUGUCAUUCGAAUUGAGCAUGACCAAAUUCCACUACCCAGGUACAGAGGUGCCGGCAUCAAUGGAAGACAAAUUGACAAUGAACAAAGGCGAAUGAGGAAUCUGACUCUCCGAUGAAGCAACCACUUUAGCACUGUGGAGUUGUAAGUUUCCACGAAGGCAUGUGCAAUUUAUGUUGGUGUGCUCACUUGCUUUGUGUUUCUUUUCCUGUCAUAUUCACCCAAUUGUAAUUUGUAAGAAAUAUCAUGUGAUAUGUAACUUUGCCGGAUAUUAACAAAUUGUAUGUAGUUACAAGUUUUAAUGGUUAAACACCUGUUAAUCAUUUAA